CUGUCCACUACUACGGUAACAGCUGCACAUGAUUCAAUCGCCGUCGGCGCCCACAGUUCGUCGCCGUCAUCAAUGUUAGACCUCGAGCCGUUAGGCGGACAUCUCUCUUUGCCUAGCCAUUACUUCCUGUCGAGAAACCCCGCUUAGCCUUCUACCAUUAUCAACGAAUACGCCCUUCAAUUCCUACUCCCGCCAACGCGAACCCACUUGCCUACCUAACACACAAGCCGACGUCCUACAAAAAAUAUUACAAUGGGCUGAGACAAACGACCACCAGCGAUACCUCUCUGGUUGAGUGGCAUGGCCAGCACAGGAAAGUCGACAAUUGAGCACACAGUCGCGCGUGACUACUUCGAGCAGGGACAGCUCGCAGCCAGCUUCUUCUCAAAAGGCAGCGAAGAUAUCGGUAAUAUUAGUAAGUUUGUCUCUACUAUUGCUGCGCAGCUGGGGAUAUAUAUUGCGCCAGUCUAGUAGUAUAUUCGUGACUUUCUUACAGAGCGUAGCCUCGUUACAAGCCAGUCCUUCGCAGAUCAAUGGCAAUAGCUCAUGCUCGGACCGCUUUUGAAGCUUGAUGGCAGUGAUAUAUACCUA